AUGGAUCAAAUAAAAAAUGUUGAUUCUUACUUAGAUACUUUGUUUGGAGAUUUUAACAAUGCUAAAUGUUUUAAAUAUGCUUAAAAAUUGGUUUCUAUAAAAUCAUAGAAAAUUUUUUAAGAAUUAGAUUGUCAUUAGUUAUUCAUUAAUGGAAAUCAAUAACAUUUGGAUAUGUCUUUUAGGUCCUAAACUGCUUAAAUCUCCAUACCAACAAGGUACUAUAUGAAAAAUAGUAAGAAAGAUUGAUUGUUUUGGUUAAAUAGAAGUUAAAACCUUUACAAAAGAAGAAAUAGAUUCUCUGAGAAAGGAACGAGGACAAAGAGCAUAGUUAAAAUUAAGAGAAAUUUAAGAAGCAUCUUAGAAAAGAAAAUAAGACUUUGUAGAUUCUUGGAAAAAAACUUAACAAAUUUAACAUUAGAAACCUUUAUAUUAAAUACUUUAAGAAUAAGAAAAUGCAUAAAUAAAGUAAUAAUAAGAGAUAAUACAACAUAAAUUAGAAUAAAUCAAAUUAGAAAGGAAGCCUUUAAAUAAAAUAGAUUUUGAAGAGCAUAGAAAAAAAUUUUGUGAAUUGAUUAUAAAAACAAGGCAGAAGUCUAAUGAAUCCUAAUUAAAUAAUUAGAAAAAAUCUAUAAGUCCUGAAAAAUCUAAUUAUUAUCAAAAAAUAGAAGAAGUAAAGGUUAAAUAAAAAUUAUUAGAAAAGGAGAGAAAAAAUUAGCUACUAGAAUUAUAAGAGAAAAAGAAGAUUUUUUCUGAAGAAACAAAAAAAAGGUUUAAACCAAAAUUGAGUUUAGAAAAAUAAAAUGAGUUAUUAGAAAUAUAAAGUAAGUUGCAUCAUAGAUCUGAUUUUUAAAAAUAUUAAGUAUUAGCAAAUAGAGUUAGGUAAAAAAAGAUAUCAUAUUAAAUUUAUGACACUGAUGAAGAGACAAACUCUUUGAAUAAUUUUAUAAAAAGCAAAGAUUAAAAUACAUCUUAUGAUAUUGCUAGUUAAGACACUCAAUUACCAAAAUUUAAACAUAAAAGCUUUGUUAUUGAAACAAAUAACUAACAACAAAACAUAAAUUAUUGGUAAAGAAUAGCUUUGAAUCAAAAUUUAUCAAAUAAAGAUAAGAAUUUAAUUAUAAUUGAAGAAGCAAAAAAGUAAAUUUAGAUAAUAAUUUAGGUUAGAAGAGUUGUCAAAAAAAUAAGAAUAAUUAGCACGUGUUUCUGGUUAUGAAAGCUUAGAAGCAGACAAUCUUUUGAUUAGUUCCAUUAAAGCUAAAUUAACAGUUUUAGAAAAUUGA